UCUCCACUCAACCCUGGAGCGGAACAGAUACAGGACGCAGGACACGGGACUGGACAAUUCAACCCCGAGUUGAAGGAGAUCAGGCCAUUCUCCUCCUUCCUGUCUUUCCUUCCGGGCAACCAACCAGGCAGGCAAUUGUAACCUCCCAAUCCCGUGCGAUAUCCGCUCCCUAGCAAGCCAUCCAUCCGUCACCACACCGCCAUGUCGGCCUCCGCGGUCCCUUCUUCGCUGCGGGGCACGGCGCUGCGCGCAUGCGCUGCAGCCGGUUCGCUCCGGACGACGACGCCGGUGGCGGCGGCGAUAUCCACCGCAGGCGCGCUCGCCACCGGCCCGCGGCUGCGGAGCUCGGCGGCGCAGAAGAGACAAUGGCUUGGCGCUGGCGUCGGUGCGAGGAGGAGCGUCGGGUCGUUGAGUGGUGAUUCUCAGCAGCGGAUGCUCGCUUCGCAUUUGCAGCAGGCCGACCCGAUCAUGUACGAUAUCAUCGAGAAGGAGAAAAUCAGGCAAAAGCAGUUCAUCAACCUGAUUCCCUCCGAGAACUUCACCUCGCAAGCGGUGUUGGAUGCGCUAGGGAGUCCGAUGCAGAAUAAAUACUCCGAGGGGUAUCCGGGCGCAAGGUACUACGGCGGCAACGAGUUCAUCGACGCUUCCGAGAGACUAUGUCAACAACGGGCGCUGGAGACGUUCGGGCUCGACCCCAGGGAGUGGGGUGUCAACGUCCAGGCUCUGUCCGGCGCGCCGGCGAACCUCUACGUCUACUCGGCCCUGAUGGAGACACACGACCGCCUCAUGGGCCUCGACCUGCCGCACGGAGGGCACCUGUCCCACGGCUACCAGACACCGACGAAGAAGAUCUCGUUCGUUUCCAAGUACUUUGAGACGGUGCCAUACCGGCUCGACGAGUCGACCGGCUACAUCGACUACGACAAGCUCGAGGAACUGGCGGGUAUCUACCGCCCGAAGAUCAUCGUGGCUGGCGCGUCGGCGUACAGCCGGCUGAUCGACUACGCGCGCAUGCGCGACAUCUGCGACAAGGUGAACGCCUAUCUCCUCGCCGACAUGGCGCACAUCUCGGGCUUGGUCGCUGCCAAGGUCCUGCCCGGCCCUUUCUCGCACGCCGACAUCGUCACCACCACGAGCCACAAGUCGCUCCGCGGGCCCCGCGGCGCCCUCAUCUUCUUCCGCCGCGGCGUCCGCCGCACGCACCCCAAGACGGGCGCCGAAGAGCUCUACAACCUCGAGAACCCCAUCAACGCGUCCGUCUUCCCCGGCCACCAGGGCGGGCCGCACAACCACACCAUCGCCGCCCUCGCGGUGGCCCUCAAGCAGGCCCAGACGCCCGAGUUCCGCGCGUACCAGUCGCAGGUCCUGGCCAACGCCAAGGCCCUGGCGCGGCGGCUGGGCGAGCCCAAGGAGAAGGGCGGGCUCGGCUACCGGCUGGUCAGCGGCGGCACGGACAACCACCUGGUGCUCGUGGACCUGAAGCCGCAGGGCGUCGAUGGCGCGCGGGUCGAGCGCGUGCUGGAGCUCGUCGGCGUGGCCGCCAACAAGAACACGGUGCCGGGCGACAAGUCGGCGCUCACCCCCGGCGGGCUGCGCAUGGGCACGCCCGCCAUGACGACCCGCGGCUUCGGCGAGGACGACUUCGAGCGCGUCGCCGACAUCGUCGACCGCGCCGUCUCCAUCGCCGUGCGCGUCGACAAGGCCGCCCGCAAGGCCGCCGAGGACAAGGGCGAGGCCAAGACGGCCGGCCGCCUCAAGACCUUCCUCGACUACCUCGGCACCGGUGAGACGGACACCGAGAUCGUGCAGCUGCGCAGCGAGGUCGCCGACUGGGUCGGCACAUAUCCCCUGCCGUGGGACCCGAAGGCGUAGCGCGGGAGACAGGAGUGGGGGGGGGGGAAGUGUCGGCCGAGCGAAAAAGGAAGGUUUGCUAGCGCGGGUGGAUGGAAGAAUAAGAUGAUACUGUCUCUGUAACUGUUAUGUAGUUCGGGUUCGGAGGCGUAACACCGGGCGAGCGGGUUUAACAGUCCACUUUGCCCCGAUUCAUCUCUUGGUUGGUUUUCUGCGGCACGACAGCAGCAUAUUGCAUGUUCAACCUGGCAUGUGGUCGGUGGUCUCGCAAUGGAUGAAGUGCUUGAUCGGGCGUCCGUUGUUCAAGG